AUGGCACGCACCAAGACUUCGAUAACUGCAGACAACAACCAAACGCCCAUAACCCUGCCUGUCUCCUCCCUACCCGCGCCUUCAACCUUCAACGACUCGAAGCCUCUACCAAAAAUGAUCGUCUUCGACCUCGACUACACGCUAUGGCCAUUUUGGGUCGACACGCACAUUUCCGGUCCGCUUAAGGCCACGAAGGAUGGCCUAACAGUGAAAGACCGCUACGGCGAAUCAUGCGGGUUCUACAACGACGUCGCCUCAAUCCUCUACCACAUCAAAGCAAAGGGCAUAGUCUUAGGAGCCGCGUCACGGACAUGCGCGCCGGAUUUGGCGAGGGAGAUGUUGAGCAUGCUGCGGACACCAAAGGAGGAGCAGGACGAGGGCAGCAAGGCGAGGACGGCGAUCAGUCUGUUUGAUCAUUUGGAGAUAUAUCCGGGGGAUAAGAGGACGCAUUUUGGAAAGUUGCAGAAGAAGAGUGGACUGGAGUAUGAAGAGAUGUUGUUCUUUGAUGAUGAGAGUCGGAACAAGAAUGUUGAAGAGUUGGGGGUGGUGAUGCAGUUGGUGAGGGAUGGGGUGACGAGGGCGGAGAUUGAUCGAGGAGUUGAGGCAUGGAGGAAGAGGAAUGGGAGAGUGGAGAAAUGA